UCAAUUAUCUAAGGACUACUCUUCUUCCUCUCUUACACUUAUCACAAACACUUUGUUAAAUCAAAAUUCUGUUGCUGCCAAAUCCGCCAUGGCUCGUCCACAACAACGAUUUCGUGGUGUCCGUCAGCGACAUUGGGGUUCCUGGGUUUCCGAAAUUCGACAUCCUUUACUGAAGACGAGAAUAUGGCUAGGUACAUUUGAGACAGCAGAGGAUGCAGCGCGAGCAUAUGAUGAAGCUGCAAGGCUCAUGUGUGGACCAAGAGCACGAACGAAUUUCGCUUUUAAUGAUAGUGAUUCUCAUUCAUCAUCCUCGACUAAGUAUCUGUCUGCUGCUUUGAUAGCUAAACUACAACGAUGCCAGAUGAAAUCUCUUAAUAUGGUGAAUAAUCGACCUGAAACGAUGAAAUUAGAAGAUGAAAAUAAUCAGUUAUCAUCAUGUCAUCAACUUGGAAACAGGGGAGAUCAUGGCAUUGCUAGAAGAAAUGUGCAAUUGAGUGUCGAAAUGCCGGUAAGUUAUGAAAGCCAAGCAGAGAGUACGCAACAAUUCAAGUCACUUGAAGAUCAUCAAAUUGAACAAAUGAUUGAAGAGUUGUUGGAUUACGGAUCAAUUGAACUCUGUUCUGUUUUGCAAGAAUAAGCCAUCAAUGUGAAUGUAACACUUUUACAUUCUAAUGAAAUCCUCCUCUGUUUCUUCAUCCUAAUUUUUUUCACUCAGUACCAAGUUAAAAAUGUAUAGUCUGUAGCUCGCAUAAAAAAGAGCAGUCUAGUGCACAAAAUUCCCGUUAUUUGGAGAAGGGCCGAACC